CUUGGCAGAUUGUGGAACUGCAUCCUUUUCAACUGCGAUGGGCAGAAACUUCGCUCGCGUGAAAGUCGUCUGUCAUAUGCUGUGGUCAGACGCUGAAACAUCCCCUCGGCAAUUGUACUAGUUCUCGUGAUGGAAUCAACAAACAACUUAGGCUAAAAAAGUCGAUACCAAGAUCAGAAUUUGUGUUCACGUUAAAUCAGUAUAGUGACUAAAUCAAGAGCGACGUUAAACGGGGCUGGUUGUUUUCCUCGUCUUUGGAGAAACGAAGGAUUGCUGUUUUUCUAACGGACCCCUCUGCCCCACCCCCUUCCUUAAAUGGUGCCCUGCUGUUGGAGAAAAAACAAAGUUGCUGUUGCUGCCGACACAUCCCUGACCUCACUGCUGGCCAGAGGAGGGGUCAGGAAGGAGAAGAGGGGAAGGGCCGCUGGCACAGGCCUGAGGCCUUGACUGAAAUCAUGGGGGAAUGAGGGGGGAGGGGGAAGACCCAAAGGCCCUGACCCAGGAUGGAGCUCAAAGUGUGGGUGGAUGGCAUCCAGCGUGUCGUCUGUGGUGUCACAGAGGCCACUACCUGCCAGGAGGUGGUCAUUGCCCUGGCCCAGGCUAUAGGGCGCACCGGGAGGUACACUCUGAUUGAGAAAUGGCGGGACGCAGAGCGCUUCCUGGCCCCGUACGAGAGCCCCGUGGCCUCGCUGAACACCUGGGGCCAGUACGCCGGCGACGUGCAGCUCGUCCUGCACCGCACGGGGCCCUCGCUGACCGAGCGGCCCCCGUCAGAAGGGCCGGGCUCCAGGCUGCCCGAGCGCGGCCCCCACAGACAGAGCCUGCCGCCCAUGGCCAAGUUCCGACCGCAGGGCAGCCUCUCGCUGCGGCGCCGGGAGCCCAGACGCAAGUCGCUGACCUUCGCCGGAGCCCCACGGAGCCUCCGGGACAUCCUGAGUGGGGGGCGGCUGCCUGGCACCAGCGGCAGCGGCGGUCACGAGGUGGAACUGAAACGGCAGGCUGUCGUGUUGAGUAACGGACACACGCCUGCGUCUGGCAUGCUGCAGCUCUCCGGGAGCCGUGCAGAGGACCUGACCCGGCUGAUCCGUCUGCAGGGGGAGAAGCUGGGGAUACUCGGGCGUAGGCUGGAGGUCUACGACGUGGAGCUCAGGACCUGGGGGCAAAGAGGGGAGUGUGUUGGCGGCGGUGGUAGCGGUGGUGGGGGCUGCGAUGCCGCGGGCGUGGCGGCGGCAGAGGUGGUGGAGGAGAUAGCGUGCCUGGAGAAGCGUCUACGCAGGAGCGAGGUGGAGAUGGAGGAGGAGGAGUUCUGGGCGAGCGAGCUGGAGAUCGAGCGGGAGAGCGAGCGGCAGCUGGACGACAGGCUGCAGGAGAUGCGGGGCCGCGUGCGGGAAUGCGAGGAUGACCUCAGGCAGCGGCUGACGCGGCUGCAGAGUGUGGAGGCUGGACUAGAGGCCGAGAGGACGCAGCUAGAGCAGAAAGAGUUGCAGCAGGUGAGUGAGGAGGAGCUGCGUGUGCGUCUGCAGCGCAUCUCCCUGGAGCUGAAGGUGCAGACGCAGCACGCCGUCCACCUGGAGAGCAGCUGCAGAGCGUUGGAACGUUCGCUGGGUCAGUGUGGGAAGAGGCUGCAGGACAAGCAGCAUGAGUUGGAGCAGCUCACCAAGGAGCUCAGGCAGGUCAAUCUGCAGCAGUUCAUCCAACAGACAGGCACCAAGGUCACCGUGCUGCCCGUGGAGCCUGGUGAGGAGGAGGGAGGCCAUGCUGCGGAGAGCUCAGAUUUUGCUGCCUUGUCUGGUUCCCUGAAGCGUCCUGGCAUAGCCCACCCCAUCCCUGGACACUUGCGUGUCCUGCAGAGUGGUCUAAGGUCAGCGCUAAACCCAGAGGGUAUCUAUGUGUGAGGGCUAGAGGACACAUCCACCCCUCCCAGUCUCCUCAAAAGACACCAGCCUACACCCCAACACCACAGACGAUUGAGUCCUCUCGGUGGCCAUGUAUUAUUUGGAGGUGGUGGCGUUCAUGGGAAUGCCACAGUGAUCAGAGUCCAGCCUUUUGUAGUGUAUAGGGUUCUGUUUGCUACACGCCCAGUUCUGAGAGAGAUGUUGAUGAGGGCAUCUCAUCGUCCUUUAACUUGUGCUCUUUUUGUUUGCUGCAUUGUUUACAUUUGUUUAUCCACUUAAUCUGCACAUUAUAUGACCACAUACAAUCACCACAGCAGGUGAUGGGUUGAGAUGGAGGUAAUAAGCACAUAGUUCACAUUACCGCAUUUUCACCAAAACAUUCCUCUCACUUGCUGAGACCUUGAAAGCAUGAGAGGCUCACCUGGAUUACAAAUGAGGAACUGUGGAAUAUGUGAAAUACCUCAGAUAAAACUCUAUUUCACUCUAUGGAAGAACUGAAUCAUGGAGAGGUAUUUCAAAUCAUCAAAGCUACAGAGAAGAAUUCAGAUACUAAAUCAAUGCAGACUAAUAAUAAUGCAGUUGAAAGAACAGAAAACACAGUUCCUAGAGGAAAUUGUCUCAUUUAUUUUCAGAAGAAUGUGAUUGUGUAAAUGCUCUGUCUUGUGCACUUGUCCUUAAUGAAAUCAGGCCAAAGACCAAGGAAAGCAAGUGUUAAUGUUUAUAUAUCCGUAAGCCAUAUCCAACUGCAUACUUGCAGAUAAACAGCAAUAAACAAUGUGUGUGAUUGGUUUGCUCUCUGUGUUUUUGCAGUGGAGUUCUAAAUAUUUUCAAGGCUCUAGUAAUCAGUCUGCAACACAUUCAGUGCCUUAUGUUUGAGUAAAUCAAAUCAGUAUUACACAAUUGUCAUUUUUAGAUUAGUGAACAAUGUAGCAGAUGAAGGCUAUUUUGAAAAGCUCUGACAUUCAUUUGGCAAAACAAAGCACGUUUCCAAACCUCUGCAGUAUUGAGUCUGUACAGUAGUCUAAGUACAGUAAGCCCCAUAAGCAUUUUGUUUCAAAACUCAGGAGGGAUGUGUUAUGAACAGUGGUAUAUUAAAGAGGCAGAGGCAAAGGUUUGUGGCCUUGUUGCAUGCCAUUUUGUUUACAGUUUAAAGCAAACAACUGAAAAUUGUUACAUACAAAUAUUUAAAUUGAAAAGAACAAAGAAAAAAGUCCAUUGAGAAGAUUCACCACUGCUUGUCAAAUGUGAACACACUUCUGGCUUCAUGCUCUACAAAUCACUAACCUUGCUUUGUAGUAUACCCACAGGCUCUGUCUGCUUUGUAGUAUACCCACAUGCUCUCUUACAUAUCAUUAGCAGUACUGCAUAAUUGUAUUAUACAUUUUGACUCUAAGCUAUACCACUGCUAAGCAUAUAGUAAAUCCUUACAUAAUAUUUCUUAAAAACCCCAAUGCAACGAUUGUGUUGAGCAUUUGUUGUGUAUCUACCAUUGUUUAAUAGGAUGUGUGUGGGCCACGUCAUCAAUGUAUUAUGUACUAUUAUUAUUGUGUCUCAUUUGGCAAAGUAAUCUGUUGCUGCAUGAUUAAGCCACUUUUGUGUUUGCUGUGUAAUGUUUCCAAUGCUCCUUCAUAUUGGCUUCCUCAUAACAUGCUGCAUAUAUGCAAGGAAUGUAGGUGACUUUUAAAGCUAAGCUAAAAUUGCCAUGACUCUAUUUCACCAUGUUGUUUGGAGAUACCUAAGAGUAUUUAUUUAUUUAGUUGCUCAGUUGUUUUAUAAAUAAAGACACUUGUUCACUGCUCAACACAGCA